AAAGCGGAGCGAGACAGCGGAGCGUUCGCGCCACGGUGGGAGUUUUUGUUAUCAAAACUAACGUCAUAUUUCUUCCUUUUUUUGUGAAAUCUCCUUUGGACGCAGGCGUUUAUCCAAACGUAUUGUGGAAAUAAAUAUUUCUGGUUUUAUUGACUGUUUAACCACCGACCAGCGACCACAGUGAGUCAAGUGGGAACUCCUCACUGCAAUUAACUUUUGGGGAUUUUUUUCCUGAGGCUUGAACUGAAAGCGGACAGUUUGAGGCUGUGCGUUGACGAAAUACGGGUUUGUUACUUUAUCGCCUUUGGGUUUAUUCGACUCUUCCCUCGGAAUACAUCCAAUUGUGACACACAGCGGAGUCUGGAGUGACUGAAGCGGCUACACAGUCUUCGCUUUCUCACCUGGUUUUUAGCCAUCCGUACUCCUCGGCUGCCUCCGGCCAGCGAGUGACCGUUUGCCGGGCUUUUCCGGUUGAUUCGUCGUCGUGCUGUCUCUGGAGCCAAACGGCGAACGGGAGGCAGCGAGGAGCGGGUGGGGGGUCGCGUUAAACGGGCGGUGAACCCGAGCUGAGCAGCAGUUUGUGUGUGAAAUUAACGACAGUUGGUGUUUCGACUAGAAGCGGAUGGAUUCUGCUCCGUGAUCGGGGGCUCCACUCACCCUCCCUGUGCUCCGUUUGAUUCCUCGUUGGCGGGGUUUUAAGAAGGACACGGUUGCUUCCCCCCCUGAGAUAACAAUGUUUCCUCAGGGGCGACACCCGACGCCCCAUCAGGCUCCAGGUCAACCCUUCAAGUUCACCAUCCCAGAGUCACUGGAUCGCAUCAAGGAGGAGUUCCAGUUUCUCCAGGCACAGUACCACAGCCUCAAACUAGAGUGUGAAAAGCUGGCCAGUGAAAAAACAGAGAUGCAGAGACACUACGUCAUGUACUAUGAGAUGUCAUAUGGCCUCAACAUCGAAAUGCACAAACAGACUGAGAUUGCCAAGAGACUAAACACCAUCUGUGCACAAGUCAUUCCCUUCCUCUCACAGGAGCACCAGCAGCAAGUGGUUCAAGCUGUGGAACGAGCUAAACAGGUGACCAUGGCCGAGCUUAAUGCUGUCAUCGGACAGCAGCAUCUAUCCCAUAACCACGGUGGUGCCCCAGUUCCCCUCACCCCUCAUCCUGCUGGCCUCCACCCUUCUCAGCUAGGUGGUUCGGCUGGACUUUUGGCUUUGUCAGGAGCACUUGGUGCUGUUCCUCCCCAUCUGGCAGGAAAAGAUGGUGAUAAAAAAUCUCACUUAUCUGGGCCAGACUCGCACUCUGCAGGACCUGAGCACCUCAGGGAGCGAGAGCCUGGCACAAGUAACUCGGCGUUGCCAGAAAGUCUUAGGAACUCAGAUAAACGACGCAAUGGGCCUGAUUUCCAAAAUGACACUAAGAAACGGAAGGUGGAUGACAAGGACUCCAGCCACUAUGAUAGUGAUGGAGAGAAAAGUGACGACAAUUUAGUGGUGGAUGUUUCAAAUGAGGAUCCAGCCUCCCCUCGUGGUACACCUCUUCCGUCCCCCAGAGAAAAUGGGAUGGAUAAAGCACGUCUUCUCAAGAAAGACCCCUGUAGUCCAGCUUCUACUGCUUCAUCAGCCAGCUCCUCCUCCCUUAAGUCCAAAGAGAUGGCAAUGCGAGAUAAGGCUGGUACGCCUGGGCUUAAGUCAAGCACACCUACACCAAGAGGAGACUCAACGCCUGGUCCAAGUUCCACACCUGGAAUCCGACCAAGUCUAUCAAAACCCCCGUCCAUGGAGAUACCACAUCCAGCUACUGCUGGUCUACGAACACCCCUGGCUGUUCCAGGUCCAUACCCGGGUGCGUUUGGUAUGUUGCCCCAUGCAGCAGGGAUGAACGGGGAACUGGCUGGUGCAGCUGGUGCUGCAGCCUACGCUGCUGGCCUGCAUAACAUGUCUCCUCAGAUGAGUGCUGCAGCAGCUGCGGCUGUGGCUGCGUAUGGCCGCUCACCGAUGGUUGGUUUUGAUCCUCAUCCUCACAUGAGAGUCCCUGGAAUGCCUCCUAGUCUCACAGGAAUACCCGGUGGCAAACCCGCUUAUUCCUUUCACGUUGCCGCCGAUGGACAGAUGCAGCCGGUUCCAUUCCCCCCGGAUGCUUUAGUGGGACCAGGAAUCCCUCGCCACGCUCGUCAGAUCAACACGCUAAACCAUGGAGAGGUGGUGUGUGCUGUCACCAUCAGUAACCCCACCCGACACGUUUACACUGGUGGAAAGGGAUGUGUUAAGGUCUGGGACAUUAGUCACCCAGGAAACAAGAGCCCCGUCUCCCAGCUCGAUUGCCUGAACCGAGACAACUACAUCCGCUCCUGUCGUCUCCUCCCUGACGGUCGAACGCUUAUCGUGGGUGGCGAGGCGAGCACAUUGUCGAUCUGGGACUUGGCCACACCCACCCCCAGGAUUAAAGCGGAGUUAACGUCAUCAGCACCGGCAUGUUACGCCUUGGCCAUCAGUCCGGACUCCAAAGUCUGCUUCUCUUGCUGCAGUGAUGGAAACAUUGCUGUGUGGGAUUUACACAACCAAACACUCGUUAGGCAGUUCCAGGGCCACACAGAUGGAGCCAGCUGUAUCGACAUCUCAAAUGAUGGCACCAAGCUGUGGACUGGAGGCCUAGACAACACUGUGCGCUCCUGGGAUCUGAGGGAAGGACGGCAGCUGCAGCAGCACGACUUCACGUCACAGAUCUUCUCUCUUGGAUACUGUCCGACAGGAGAGUGGCUUGCUGUUGGCAUGGAGAGCAGCAACGUUGAAGUCCUCCAUGUUACCAAACCUGACAAGUACCAACUUCACCUACAUGAGAGCUGUGUCCUCUCCCUGCAGUUUGCCUACUGUGGCAAAUGGUUUGUGAGUACAGGAAAGGACAACUUACUGAAUGCAUGGAGAACACCCUAUGGAGCCAGCAUAUUCCAGUCUAAAGAAUCCUCCUCGGUGCUAAGCUGUGACAUAUCUGUGGAUGAUAAGUACAUUGUUACUGGUUCAGGGGACAAGAAGGCCACCGUUUAUGAAGUCAUCUACUGAAAAUAUUGAAGAAUGGACCUGAACUCUUCUCCCAAAAUCUUUCUGCAACUCUGGAACUUUUCCUAUGGAGCCAGAAGUCACAGACACACUCCUUUACUGUCGCAUCUGCAGCAACGAAACAAAGGAGACUAACGUUGUAUCCGCACAUGUUUAAUGUGCCUGUGAACUUGACUCCUCCUCAGCAGGGACUUGAAUCGAGCCUUUGGAUGUUAAUGAAGGCAAAGAACACAAGUGGAUGUUGGAGUCUCCUGCUUUGCAACAGAGCAGGCCGGCCAGUUGUGUGACUGGAACCAGCUGUUCUGCUGACGGGGUACCGAGUUACAGAUGUCUAAACACAUUCAAUUUGAGGUCACAACGGAUAUUAGAGACACAGAAAAUGCUGUACAAAAAUAAUCAGAACUUUGGGGAAAUGGUAGAUGGAUGAGCAAUUUACAAAUCAUGAAUGAUUAAUAUGUUGGUUUGUAUUUUGCUUCAGACACUACUUACAACCUGUUGAUCUCUCAGCAUGGAGUCUGUGACCUGUGAACCUCAGCCUGUUUUUCUGACACGCCUACACUGUCUGACAAUUUCUCUCUGUCUUAAGUCCUAUUGAUACUAACUGCGCUGUUGUGCUUGCUGUCCACCUACAUGCUUUGCUAGCCAAGUGGGAUGUUUUCAACAUGCCGAAGGCUAUGCUGACUUGUCUGACCUUAUGCUACAUUAAGCUUCUGAGGUGAUAUCAUUCAUACCAAGAGAGAAAAGUUCCUAUAUGGAGAAUUAUUAUCUUACCAGGACAUAUAAGCCUCACAAACUGAAAAGUUUACUUACUCAAUGGUUUAUUGUUUUAAUUUUUUAAAAGAAAACUUUAGAAAACCCUGAUUUAUUUUUUCACCCCAUAUUUGUGGGUGGAAGAACAAUUGGUGGGAAUCUGACUUUAAGUUGAAGUUUUUCAAUCUCAAAUUCCAUUGCGUUUGUCUCCUCAAAACUUGAAUAUGUCUGUACUUAAUUCAUUCUGAAGCAUCCCUGUAAGUGACUUGGGACAGAGCUAUACUUCACCUUAAGCAGGGCAUGGUGGACAUAGCCUUCAUACUGUGACUUCAUUCAUUCAGUUUUAGCAUUUACAUUAGACACAUGAGCAGAAGAGAAUCAACAGGUCUGUGCUGCUGCCCGGCUCAUUUCACUCCAUGAAACACUUUAAGUCUUAUGUGUCCUUGAUUAACAGAAGCCAACUACACAGGCAAUUCAGUCUUAAUGUAUUAGUUGACUAGUAAAAAUAACGUCUUGCCCAUGAACAUUAAACUGAUGACAUGACUUUUACCACGCAUUGCCACCUGCUUUCACUAAUACUGUUGGACUGGGAUGUUAACUGUGUGAAGAAAAACAUUGUUUUUCCACUUUAAAAAGAAUACUGUAAGAUUAUGAGAUUAAAUUAUUCUUUUGGAGAUGUGUAAAAAAAAAAAAAGAAGGUACAACAAUGCUUAAGUUUCAUGAGGUGUUCAUUAAUAUCGCCAUUGUUAACUCCAAUUUCAGGACCUUGUAUUUACCUUUUUCAUUUGAAUCUGUUUUUGUCUGUAAAAAUGUAUAUAUCUUUUUUUUCUUACAAGACAUGCUUUAGAAAUAACAAACUUUUUGUACUUCUUUUACAUGUAAUCAGGAAAUACUAAAUGAUCUUCGUGUAGAACCUCUUCAAAAAAAAGGAAAAAAGAAAACAUUGAAAUGUCUAGAUAAUAAAUGUGGGGAUUUUUCUUUUUGUUAUUGGAGUCUGUAACUUUCCAAUUUGCACACAUGAUGGCUGCUGAUAACUUUCUCAUCUUAGAAAAUCCAGAAAGGCAAGCAGGGAGUUUAAAAUGUACAAAAACCUUUGAUUUGGAUUCCUUCCACAUAUGAUUGCGGGAAGCAUAGCAAUAAAACUAA